AUGUCGCUCCCCCGUUCUUCUUCCACCCAGAACCUCAACUAUUGCACGCCGGAUAUAACUCCCACCGCAAGUUGCGACCACAUCUUCGCCGUCCUCAUUUGCGAGUCCAACGAUAAAAGCCAGUGGAACCUUUUCGUCGCAGAGCUCUACCGACUCCAGGGCCCUUCGAAACUCCCAUAUACGAUUUCGCAAAGCUUCCUCCAGAUCGAUUACCGCUCAGAAUACCUCGAUCUCCUCAGACACGAAAUUCGACUCGCAGUCGAGAAUUAUAACACUAUGGUCCUUGGCUGGUGGGCGCGGUUAGCAGCGCGGAUGGAAGGGAGAGUCUUUGAACUACGUGAUGUCGACGCUGCAGUGUCUGAGCUAAAGGAGCAGCUCCUGGACGCGGAAAUGGUAGCAGGCUGGUUGAAUCAGAGCCUUUCGCCUUUGGGACAGGGCAGAUUUGUGAGGUUGCGGGAGUGA